AUGGACGUGUCUGAAGUGCUUACGCUCCUUGACACCAUAGACAGCAUCGAAUGUGAUUCCAGCUCUGCCACAUCGCUUGACUUUGACCGCAGACGGAAAGAGGGUCCUGUGAGGUACACUACAAGCCUACAGCGUCACAAGAAAUUAGAGCUGAAAGCUCUAAGGGAGGAAGCGCAGCAGCUUAACGCUCAGUUGGAGGAGCUGAUGCUUUCUCGCCUCAGUCACAUGGUACCAGCAAUCACUCCACAUGAUCAUAACCCCAAUGUAUGGCGGAGUUUUGCUAUGAUCGAGAGCGAAGGGCGUGAACGUGCAGAGCGUACCAAUCGAAAACUGAAGGUAGUCAUGGCAAAUCAGGUCAAAGUGCAUGCUUCCAUCAGCAAGAUACUCGGACGGAGCGAUGUGCUACAGGGGGUGGACGUUGUAUUCAAGGCCCAUCCAACGUCUGACCGAUCUCUCCAACAUCUCGACUUCAGUGAUGCCAUUUUAGCUAAAUUGUCAGCCAGUUUGGGAAGAUUGCGCUCGCAAGCGGACAACGUGCUCCCAGCCUUGGACGCGAACCCUUCGAUAACCUGCAGUAGUCAAACCAAGCAUCUCAAUUCUGGUCGUAACUGCGCCGAAACAUUUUCGAUCACUCCUUUGGCAUGCCCAAUGCAGAAAACGGCACAAAUUCUGUGGCACCAUAUCAUGACGAAGAAGAACAAAGAUACUCAGAAGUCAUUCCGCUUCGUCCGGACAAGAAAUCCCAACUCGGUGGAGAGAAACUGCGUGGCUUCACUUCCUGAUGGAAAAAAAUUGGUCAUAAAUCUCGACGCCGUGAAUAUCGUUCACAGGCUGGAAGAAGGAAACCAAAUCGUUCUUGUGGGGACAACAGCCUGGUUUCUACCAACAGGGGGGCUUCAAUUUGAGGAUCACCACUGGACGAUCAUUUCGCCGUCGCUCAGUAACCCAUUGCACGCUUCCGUUGUUCGCAUUCUACCGCUGGAUUUUGCUCAUGUUGAGGAAGUGGUAAUAAGGUCAAUUGGGGGAAAGCUACGCAACGUAUUGCAAUUGCAACAAAAUGUGCUGCUGGAACAAGGCCUCAAAAGUUAG